GUGGGAUGAGGAGCUACGCAGAUCGCUUUUCUGUUCUGGCUCAGUAACGUCGACUGCAGAACUGAGAACACUAUCAUUUACAGGCUGCAUCGUCCAGAUGCAUAUCAAGGACGAACCAGACCGGCGUUGGUGAUGAAAUAUUCCCCAGACUCCGUUCUCUCGUCGUUCAGCACAAUGAGCUGUUCAUUUCCUGCGCCCGCGGUGGAUUUGAUAGAGCAAUGGUGCGCCAGUUACAACACCGGACUGCUGGUUUCAUCUUAAUUUUGGCAUCUCUCGUAGAGACAAGAUGAACAGCAUACGGUACAAAGCAGCGACUGUCAAGUGGUGGAACUAUUCUGUCGCGCGCUGUGACCAUGCACGUAUGUGCCGCGUGCGAUUACUGCUGCUGUGCUUGUGCGUGCUGGUGGCAAUUACAUUGACACUGGCAGUAUCACUGUCUAACUACCAGACGGUGGAUUUGGAUUUUCCUCCCAAACCUCCCGACCUAUUCAAAGACAAGCUGAAUCACCAGCCAGGUAAACCCACCGUUGCCCAGGUAAAGCGGCUUGUCUCGCAGGUAAAUCGGGAAAGACUGUGGUAUUCCCAUCUGCGACCCAUUCUCACUGAACGCCAGCCAGGAAGUCGUGGGAGUCAGGCUGUUCGAAAACACAUCUUUUCUCAACUGGAUUCUCUUACGGCGGGCUGGUCUGUAGAAGUGGACUCCUUCAUCUCCGAGACUCCUCAUGGCCCUGUUAGCUUCACUAACGUCCUGGCCGUGUUAGACCCAAUGGCUCCUCGCCGAUUGCUUCUGGCAUGUCACUAUGACUCCAAAUUUAUACCUUCAGAUCCUAGUGACCCACGGAAGGUGUUUGUGGGUGCCAGUGAUUCAGCUGUGCCUUGUGCUAUGAUGCUGGAACUGGUCACAGCUUUGGACCCACACCUCAGAAAGCACAAGCAGCUGAGCAGAUUUUUUAAGGUUUCCAGGGUGACCCUGCAGUUGGUCUUCUUUGAUGGAGGUGAAGCUUUUGAGCAGUGGUCUCAGACGGACUCACUAUAUGGUUCACGGCACCUCGCAGACUCCAUGUCCCGCAUUCCUCACCCGCCGGGCUCUGAACAAACCACACUGUUGAAUGCUGUGGAUCUGCUUGUUCUUUUGGACCUCAUUGGUGCCCCUGAUCCGAUGUUUGUGAAUCACUUUGAGAACACAGCUCGCUGGUUUGACCGCCUUAUUGCUGCUGAGAAGAGACUCCAUAAUUUGGGGCUCCUGUCUUCCCAUCCCAAAGAACAAACUUAUUUCAUGAAGGAUGUGAAUAUGGGGCCAGUUGAAGAUGAUCAUAUUCCUUUCCUUCAGAGAGGAGUUCCAGUGCUGCACAUAAUUGCUACGCCAUUCCCUUCCUUCCUGCACACGAUGGAUGACACAGUGGACAAGGUUCACAGUCACACUGUGGAGAAUCUCACCAAAGUCCUUGUGGUGUUCCUGGCUGAAUAUCUGCGGCUCUAGGAUGCUGUAAUAUUACAUCCAACCACAUCCGUCGUGGAUUGGUCUAUACCUCAGCUGCACUGCUUUAGGAUAUCUGAUAUCAGUGACUGUUCUCAGAAAUGCAUAAAGUACUGUAUGUUCUCAGGCUGCCAUCCCAUAUCCUGUCAUACGCUUAUCUUUUGACUUUCUGACAUGUUAGUCAAUCGGUAAAGUGCCUUCAGAUAGUUUUGCUAUCUAGUAAUGCACUGUAUAGACAAAAUAUAAUAUUAUUAUCUGUGCCGAUAAAGGUUUACAUAGGUUUAGUCAUCUAUUCGAUAACUGUGCAUUAAAAUUAAUAGAAUACAAAGUAGAUACUUUAAGCUCAGGAAUGGAUGUAAUCCUGAUAUAUAACCUGACAUAUAUGAGAUUAUUAAACUAUGCACUAGAGUGAAGCUCUAUAAUGCUCACAAUCUCACAAAAAUUCAAUCUAACAAUAAAUUUCUCAAAUGAACAGUCUGUAGUCUCUAGUAGCUAAAUGUUCAAUUAUACGUUAGUCUAGAUCAGGGAUCCUUAAAUCUGGCCCACGAAAUCCACUUUCCUACAGAGUUUAGCUCUAACCCUAAUCAAACAGUGAACGUGAUUGCACCAAGUACAACAUGUUUCUGGGACAAGGAACAACAUUCCUAUCAACCAAUCAGAACUGAGGGAUAGCUUUUCAUCUGUUUUAGGUUUAUGGUCGGGUUCGGUGCUUCUACACCCCUGUUAAUCAGAUGGUUAGGGUUAGGAUUGGGGGUAGGGAUUGGGUAAAGUCUUUAUUUUUGGAAAGUUAUGUUGAUCCAGGAACAUGUCUUGGCAAAUUCACGGUGACCCUAAUCAAACCCACCUGAGCAUGCUAAUCAAUGUUUGCAGAAUCAAUAGAAAAUCACAGGUAGGUGAGUUUGAUGAGGGGUGGAGCUAAACUGCUCUAUACCCUCAAAGAUUUAUUUGAAAAGUAUAAUAUAUAACACAUUAAAAAAAAAAAGGGAUUUAAAACUUGACUUGAACUUAUAAAAAAGGACCUAGACUUGAGAAUUCACUUAAAUUUGACCUUGAAUGACCUUUUUGACCUUGAGACUUGCAUCAGUGAGGUGAAUGUGUUAAUAAUUUUGUUUUGUAUUGUAAUACUGAAUAUAAAAUAUAUGUAUUUUUCAGUUGCAGAUAUGAUAUGCACUAAAGUCUAAA